AUGUGUCAUAUUACAGCAUUACCACAUGCUCCAGCUGCGAUAUAUGGCGCACCCGCUGAAGCAUAUGGCCCACCAAUUUUACGUGCUGAACCUGAACCUGCAUCGGAGCCUUUCAUUCUACCACCAGCAGCACCUGCACUACAACCGUUACCAGAAAUUUCACAACCUGCUUUCAGGGAAGAACUAGUACCCGCAUCAGUUUACGGAAUUCCAAAUGAACCAAUCGUAAAAUCUGAAGUCGUUGUCAAUGCUCCAUCACCAGUAUACGGUCCAGUCGAUUUUGCACCACCAGUGUUCAAUGCACCUAUUGUAGCUGCUAUUCCGGAAGUUCCAGCAACAGUUUAUGGAGCUCCAAUUCUUAAAGAAGAACCAAUCAUAAAAACUGAAGUUUUGCCGGAAGUUAUCAAUGCGCCUUAUCCAGCAGCUGUCGAGGAUGCACCAAUCAAACCAGAACUAGUCUAUGGCACGCCUGUUGUCCAAGAGCUACCAAUUGCGAAAGUUGCCAUCGAUGCUCCAUAUCCAUCAGCUGUUGAGGAUACUCCAAUUAAACCAGAAUUAGUCUACGGCACACCAAUCGAACCUGUCACCAGCUAUGUUGAACCUGCCGCUGAGCCCUUUUUCGUACCACCACCAGCGCCUGAAUUACCACCACUACCGAAAAUAUCAGCACCGGUUGUCCAAGCACUACCAGUUGUUGAUGCUCCAUAUCCAUCAGCUGUUGAGGAUACUCCAAUUAAACCAGAAGUAAUCUACGGCACCCCGGCUAUCCAAGAACAACCAAUCGCUAAAGUGGUAAUCGAUGCCCCAUAUCCAGCACCUGUCGAAGAUACUCCAGUCAAACCAGAAGUGGUCUACGGAACGCGUAAGUAUUAUUCAAAUUUACGAUAUAGUCAGAAAAUUUGUAACUAA